UGUUAAGCACCUUAAAACUGAACACUGCUUAGAUGAUCGCUCUACAGCACAGGCUCGAGUUCAAAUGCAAGUUGUUUCUCAACUCGAAAUGCACCUUCAAAAAGAACGUGACCGGUUACAGGCCAUGAUGCAUCAUCUAUAUUUAACUAAACACUUCGUAAUGCCAGAAGAGUCACAGGUUCAAGAAAACAUUUCACAUAUCCGUUAUAAAAAUGCUAUCAGAUCAGUAUCCACUACACCGGAUUUAAGUCGAAGCAAUAAUAAUAGUAACGAUGAUUCUGAUGGUGCAAAUGAUUUACAAUCUUUCCUAAUGAGUUCAACCAAUAUGAGCGCCACAAGAAAACGUAUAUGUGACAAAAGUCCAUUAGCAUUAGCAGGCGGUCUUCCAUAUAUGCUGGAAAGAGCUGGACUUGACGUGCAACAAGAAAUCCAGCGAAAUCGAGAAUUUUAUAAAAAUGCAGAUGUUCGGCCACCGUUCACAUACGCCUCAUUAAUUAGACAAUCGAUUAUUGAGUCACCCGACAAGCAGUUGACGUUAAAUGAAAUUUAUAAUUGGUUUCAAAAUACAUUUUGUUAUUUUCGGCGAAAUGCUGCUACUUGGAAGGUAUGAUAUACUAAA